CUCCAGUGAAGAUAACUGAUCAAGUAAGAGGUGACCAAGUAGUAACUGAAGGGGGAGACCUCCACUUGUUUUGUAAAGUAACUGGUAGGCCAGCACCAAGUAUUACCUGGACCAAAGUCCCUACUGGUGUUAGCACUGAAAUAAAGCACUAUGGACCCACUUGGGAUUUUACAAACGUCAGUGUUGCUGAUUCUGGAACAUACAGCUGCGUAGCUGAUAAUAAAGUCGAGGAUCCUGUUAGAGGGCAAGCAGUUAAAGUGAUUGUUUUUGCUCAUGUCAGUAUUUCUGCUACUCAUGAUGAGUACAUUGUCGUAGUAGGAGAAAGCGUCACCCUUAACUGUAAAGCAAAAGGAAAUCCCCUGCCUUCCUAUACUUGGACUCCAUGCGGUCAAGAUCAAGUUUGUAACAAGAACACAUUUGUUAUUCCACAAGUCAGCAAAGAUGCCAACUAUACCUGCGAAGCAGCAAAUGAGUAUUCCAAUGAUUCAAAAAGUUACAGAGUUUUUAUUGGAGGAAGUUUGAUUAAUGUGACCCUAUUUAGUGAAAGUGAAAGUUGUGCGAAUGGAGGAUAUGACUUGGCCUCGUUACUGAAGAGACUUAGUGAAAUGAUGAACAAGGUUUUCGCCGGGACACCCAGCUACGAAAGUGUGUAUUUGAUAGAUUUCAGGUGUGGAAGUGUUAUUGUUGACCUGGCGCUGAAGUUCACCAUCCCGACAAAGGAACAAGCUGUUAUUACAAUACUCCGUAAUGCAGCGGUAGUUGGACGCCUUGAAGACUUCAGUGUCAGAGGUUUCAAUGAAAAUGCAGUGGGCCCAACAACACCCAGCAGUUCCCUUGACGAAUCGUCAGAGCUGCAAAACGAGACAAAAGCAGUUACCAUAUGGAUCAUUGUUGGUGCAGUAUUUGGGUCCGUUGCUGCACUAGCUGCUGCUGGAAUAUUAGUGUGGUGGGCCUGCAGGAAAAGACGACUAAACAGAAAGGGUACUGAAGGGGCGGCGAUUAGAGGAAGUACAAAUAGAAAAUCAAGUAAUGAAAGAAGAGGAAAUACGAAUAUUGCAAUCGAAUUGCCCAAACCUUCUCAAAGCCAUUAUAUGGCACUGGAUGACAGAAGCCGUUCACAAGCGAUUGCAAAUACCAUACAGAAUAACAGUCCACACAGGGCUGAACAAAUUAGUGAGUACACUUCUCUUAAUGCAUACACAUGCCCCUGGGAGAUUUCUAGAGAACAUGUGAUGAUAAAGCAGAUCGUUGGAAAAGGUGCUUUUGGUCAGGUUGCUAAGGCAACAGCUGUAGGACUACAAGGAAGACCUAAGAAGGCUCUCGUAGCUGAUAAAAUGUUAAAAG